AAAUGACGAGAACGGAAACAAUUACAUUUCAAGACACUAGCAAGCUAAUAUUUUCAUUAGUUUGCUCUAAAGCAAGACGUUCAUGCAAGCGCACCUCCGAAGGAUCGCCUUGCUACCAAUCAGAGCAGUACUAGUGACUACAUUGUGCUGGUACAUGGAGGGCGCUUGCAUGUGUCGUCACGAGGCUUUUCAAUAGAUCAACACGAUUUGAAUGGAAUCGCUGGGUAUGCAACCGUUAAGGCAAAUCGGCUUUGUCGGUCCUUACGGAUCUUAACAUGAGGUCACCAACUUACCGCGGUCCAGCCGGAACAACAUUUUCGACUUUCUUAUACUUCAGCUGCGACGCAGACAAUCGUGCCAUCCAGCAACUUUACUACGAAUCUGCUCUGUGUACGGUGAUCCACCUUGGUGCUUUGUUUUAAUAUUUACCGUAUUCGCGUGUUCGCCCAGUACAUUGUUUAAUCUUACACUGGAUUUCGCUGGGCCUAAAAAUCAGCCCUUGAACGCGUGUCAAGUUCCCUUUCUUUAGAAAGCGGUUCAGAGGUUGUCUUCAUUCACUUCUACCCUCCUACUUCUACUCUCUGCUCCAAAGGACGUUAUUAUCAGUCAUCUUCUAACAAGUAUCUAGCCCCCGUUCGACUGGUGGGUGGAGACGCUCAGGGUGCUUCGACGCAAUAAUGCAGAAGGAGGAAGUCUCUGACCCAGAAGACGGGUCUGUGUCGAUUCAAUACAUAGAAGGAGAAAUAAAUGUGAACACUACAUCUGGCAAUGCCAAUAGUAUUCAGACCCCUCGACAAAAUGAUGCAUCUUGGAGCGGUGGAAGGUUCUGGGCGUGGGCGACAGUGGUUUCUGCAUUCAUCAUCCAGUUCGCUGGAUUUGGCUAUGCCAAUGCGUUCGGAGUCUUUCAAGACUUCUAUGUACGUGAAUUUUUGACAUCAAGCUCGUCAUCGCAGAUUAGCUGGAUCGGCAGCACCCAAACCUUUUUUAUGUUGACCAUGGGUAUAUUCACCGGCCGCCUCUUUGACAAGGGUUACUGCUAUCAUCUUGUAUAUACUGGAACCAUCCUGCUUGUAUUCAGCCUAUUCAUGCUUUCUCUGGCGAGGCCAGAACAGUACUAUCAGGUGUUCCUCGCACAGGGGCUUGGUGUUGGAAUGGGUGCAGGUCUCUCGUACACACCCUCCCUUGCUGUCCUAGCACAGCACUUCCCCAGCCCACACGCCCGAGCCCGUGUAAUGGGCAUUGCAACAGCAGGUUCUUCACUUGGUGGGCUCACACAUCCAAUACUACUGAAUCAGCUAUUUCAUCACAACAACGACGGCGGUAUUGGUGAGACGCGGAAGGUAUUUGCUCGCGGCACUCGCGCAAGCGCUGGCCUCGUUGCGGGACUACUGCUUAUCGCCCUGCUAUUUCUGCGGACGAAAUACCCGAAUAAGGACGGCAUUGAAAUGACUGAUGAAGAUCGAGAAAAAGAAGGUCAUGAAAGAAAGCCGAUGAAACUCAAGCCAAUGGUUGUGAAGUUCGCAUCGGAUUGUCCUUACGUUUACUUUGUUAUCGGAAUGACAUUAUACGAGAUGGUAUUCUUCUUCCCAGCUUUUUACCUGCAACUCGAUGCCAUCAAGCGAGGCCUAGACCCUACCUUUGCUUUCUAUUCUCUAUCAAUCCUCAAUGGCGUCUCGUUCUUUGGUCGACUGGUCCCUGGCUUCUUUGCACGUCCGCUUGGCGUUGCCAACAUGUUUGUAUUUUCAACGGCAGGCGCGACUGUCCUCAUUUUCUGUAUGCUUGCUGUGCGGACUAUUCCCGGUGUUGCAACAUUCGCAGCGUUAUAUGGCUUCUUCUCGGGUGCAUUUAUUACUCUCAUGAGUCCAAUGCUUGUUCUACUAGCAGAGGGCCCAGCUGAAAUAGGAGCCCGAAUGGGCAUGUGCUUUGCAUUCACAGGGGUUGGAAGCUUGAUAGGAACACCGAUUGCAGGUGCACUACUCACAUCAAGGUUCCUCUGGUGGCGGCCCAUCAUCUUCAGUGGCAUCAUCUGCGUUUUCGGAUUUGCCUUGUUCAUGGCUUGUCGUAUAAUACUGGGAAGACGAAAAGGAUCCGCUUGGCUCGUCUAGGCCUUCGAAUAGUCUUACAAUAUGAACAGAUCAUGUACAUGAGUGAACGGCUCUUCGUUUCAAUCGGACAUGACACGGACCAUUGCCGCAAAAUGUGCGAUCCCGAAUUUGAAAUGUACCUACGUGCCUGUGCACAGCGUAUUGAGUCCGUCGAUAAGCAAGAACUUUUGCGUUUUGCCACCGAUGGGACGCAACAUCGCCACUUUAAUCCUUAUUCUUCUGACUGUCCUGCUUACUAGUACCAGUGGUCCCUCUUCACGGCACAAUUGUCUCAGUACACUUCUCAGAAACGUCGGUCCCAUGCAUGGAGUAGCAAUUAACCUGCUGUUUAUAAAGGAUAUCCCAAUUUUACUAAGCUUUUGUUACC